UUACGUUUCGUUUCUCUAGUUGACUUUAAAACCUAGUUUAUUUAUAAUUGUUCCCUAUCGUUCAACAGCGUCCAGUUCCGCUAUGGAUACUCGUGGUCUAAUAUUGCUGGCUACACAUAUGGAACCCCCCUGGAAAUGGAGCUGUACAACGGCGAAGCCAUCAUCCAGAUUUCUGGAAAGUACGCCCACUACCUGCAGACCAUAACAUUCGUCACAAACCGAGGUCGCUCCCUGUUUGUGGGUCAGCCUUCGGGUACUUCCUUCAACAUGUACCCCGAACACGAGGGGACGGAGCUGGUCUUCAUCAGCGGACAGGUGCACGGAGGCCUCACCGGUCUGGGAGCCCACUGGGCGGUGGUGGAUCCCACCUUCAACACCACUGCAGCACACUAAGUCGCAAACUUUUAAAAUUUUUGGAUUUAAUCCAAGAGAUGGCCUUUAACCUUGUGUGGAGAUGAUUUUUAUUCAGAUAUAUACUCACGUAAAAAUGUAAAAAGAAUCAGUAAUUUCUUAGCUCCAUUUUGUCCCAAAAUGUAAAGCGUGGUUGUUUGAAUAAAUUGUAAAAAGUG